AUGUCGGAACAGCCCUCCAUCAGCACUGUAUCUCUUGAACAACAUCACACGAAGCUGGGUAUCGGAAUCUCCAAACCCCGCAUUUCCUGGAAAUUCACAGCCACCAGAGAUACAUUCCCAAAUUGGGAACAAUCGGCAUAUGAAAUCGAGAUAUGCCGCAACUCUUCUCCGGAGCCAGAGACUUAUUACGUUGAAAAGCCCGACUCUGUCCUCGUGCCCUGGCCAAGUAAACCUCUCUCGUCUCGUGAAUUGGCUCGUGUCCGCGUUCGCUCUUAUGGAAGCUCUCUCACCGAGCCAACAGACUGGUCUGUCUGGGUAGAUGUUGAGUGUGGGCUUCUCAACCGAGAUGACUGGGUCGCACGUGCGAUUACUAGUCCUGUAAAGCAAACCGAAGGUCCAUUACGACCAAUCCGCUUUCGACGUAGUUUCAAGACUACCGCCGCCGUCAGCCAUGCUCGUCUCUAUAUUACCAGCUUAGGCGUUUUCAAGGCUUACAUAAAUGGUGCUCCGGUUGGAGAUCACUGUAUGUCACCUGGUUGGACGAGUUAUCGCCAUCGCCUCAAUUAUGAAGUGUUUGACGUUACGGCAAUGCUCCGAGCAAAUGGCGAAAACAUUGUUGCUGUCGAGGUUGCUGAGGGAUGGUAUGCUACAAGACUUGGUUUCCUCGGAGGGCGAAGGUUCAUUUACGGUGAUGAGAUGGCGCUGAUUGCGCAGCUGGAAUUGCGAUCGGAUGAAGGGGAGGUUGUGCUUACUUCUGAUUCUUCGUGGAUGUGUCAUGAGUCUGCGCUGAUCUCCAGUGAGUUAUAUGAUGGGGAGGUAUAUGACGUGAGAGAAGAACAGGAGGCCUGGAAUGACCGUUCUUUCAACGAAGAUGGUGCGUGGCUAGGAGUACGCGAGACAGAAUUUCCCAAGGCGGAGCUUGUCGCAUCAAAUGCACCACCUGUGAGGGUUACGGCGGUUGUCGACGCGGUUGAAAUUAUCAAAACACCUUCCGGCAAGACGAUUGUCGAUUUCGGUCAGAAUCUGGUCGGUCGAGUGCGCAUUCACUCGCUGGUCAAGCCGGCCGGUCACUCUACAACCCUUAUUCAUGCUGAGGUUCUAGAGAACCAAGAACUAGGCAUUCGACCACUCCGAAUCGCAAAAUGCACUGACACCAUCAUAUCUUCCGGCUCUCCGAUUCACGACUGGAUGCCACAAUUUACGUUUCACGGAUUCCGCUAUGUCCAAAUCGAUGGUUGGAGUCCAGAUGACGCAGAGAACCCCCUUUCACUCGACAGCCUAGUCGCUGAAGUCAUGCACACUGAUCUUUCUCGUACGGGCUGGUUCACCUGCUCACAUCAGAUGGUCAACAAACUCCAUGAAAAUGCCACCUGGAGCAUGCGUGGCAACUUCCUCUCACUUCCAACAGACUGUCCCCAGCGCGACGAGCGGCUAGGCUGGACAGGCGACAUCCAAGUCUUCGGUCCCUCUGCUAAUUUUCUCUACAAUACAUCCGGCAUGUUAGGCGACUGGUUAAAAGACCUCUCAGCCGAGCAAUUAGAGACACCAAACGCCAUCCCACCCUUCGUAGUCCCUAAUGUCAUUCCAGAGUCUCUAUGGCCAAUGUUCCCCCAAGCCAUCUGGGACGAUGUCACAAUCCUCCUCCCUUGGACACUAUACCAAAGCUACGGCGACAUCAACAUCCUCCGCCGCCAAUACCCAAGCAUGACAGCUUGGCUUGACCGCGGGGUCGCUCGAGGCCCAGACAGACUAUGGGACGACUCCCUCUUCCAACUUGGCGACUGGCUUGAUCCCACAGCGCCACCCGACGCACCCGGUAACGCUCGAACAGACGGAACUCUCGUUGCAGACGCAUAUCUCGUACACGUUACUAAGAUCCUCUUUGAGAUCAGCACAAUCCUACACGAAUCCACCAACGCGACACGUUAUCGGGAAGACUAUACAGCCCUAAAAGCCCUCUUCCAGAAUAAAUACAUCUCCCCAGCUGGAUAUCUAGUUUCUGAUACCCAAACGGCCCUCUCUCUCGCCCUUGUCUUCGACCUGAUUCCCAGCAGCGAACAGAUCUCGGCCGCGGGGGACAGACUAGCGCGUCUCGUCCGCAAAUCCAGAUUCCAAGUCUCUACCGGCUUCGCGGGAACACCUAUAAUCACGCACGCGCUCACUAAGUCAGGAAAUGCCCAAUUUGCAUACCGCAUGUUGCAGGAGAAGUCCUGUCCGUCGUGGAUGUACCCAAUUACAAUGGGCGCGACGACGAUUUGGGAACGGUGGGAUAGUAUGCGGCCUGAUGGAUCUGUGAAUCCGGGUGAGAUGACGAGUUUUAAUCAUUAUGCGCUUGGUUCGAUUGUUAAUUGGUUGCAUGGGGUUGUUGGAGGUGUUAGGGCCUUGGAACCGGGGUGGAGGGUUUUUUGUGUGGAGCCUGUUCCUGGGGGAACGGUUGAGUGGGCGGAGGUGGUUUAUGAAACUGUUUAUGGGAGGGUAGAGUGCAAGUGGGAGUUGGUGGAUGGGUUGUUCAAGUUGAGGCUUGUUGUGCCGCCGAAUUCGAGGGCGAAGGUGGUUUUGCCGGUUAAUCAGGAGGAGGUGCAGGAGGAGAAGUGGGUUGGGUCUGGGUACUAUACUUUUGAGAAAGGGUUUGAUGCGAAGGUUGGCUGGCCGCCUAAGGCGUUGGUUCCACCUAUGUGGGAGGUUGAUGAUUCUUUUGUCUAG